UCACCUCAACGUCCGAGUACGACCGAUCUCACAGUGUCCCACCACAGUUAUCAGUUCCUAGGAAAAUACACACAUUUUAACCACGGAUUUAUAACGAAGAGGACAAAGAAAAUGGGGACAGCUUCUAUGACCCAGCCUUAUCCAGCAGCAUGAUUGGAGCUUCCAGUCUCCCAGGGCACACCUUGGUCGCGUGCCACUUCCCUGUGGUGCAACUUCCCACUUGGCAGCUCCCUGUCCAGGCCCUGUGCAGCUCAGCCAAAAGGCCUAGCCGCCUGUACUCGGCAGGCCUCACUCGGGCCGCAUCCCUCCCAGAGCAGGACAACCGAGAACAUGCCUUCACAGGUGGCCGAAAGCAUUUCUCCAACAGCUACGGUAGCCUCAAUGAGGACCGAGCAGAGGAGGAGGGGACCAGCGACAGCAGCGGGAAGUACGACUCCACCUCGUCACCGGAAGAGACAAGCUCCCGACUGGAAAAAGAAGGCUCUGGAGCGAGAGGCAGCCUGCGCUCCCGCAACUCGUUCCUCCCUUAUACGGAACAAGAUGAGGAUGAGGAGGAUGAGGAUAGCAGUGGAGAUAAUCUCCACAGAUAUCACGAGGAUUCAUCCUUUGUGUUGCAUGGAAAUUCCAACUGGCAACUAAGCAAUGAUGGUAUAAAUGAUGCAUUGCCCCAGGGGGACCUGGACAGUGAAUGGGGCAAUGAGGGGACGAUGCUGUGUACAAGCAGUGAACAAGAGUGGCUUUCUAACCAGCCUAACCGGGCAGACUCGCUGCAGCCUGAAUGCAAGUGCUUUCCUGUGAGCAGAUCUGGCAUCGUGACGCCUUCUCAUUUGGAGCAGGACUUGGACAGACUGCAGGAUAACGUGUCCUGUUGCAUCCACAGACAGCACAAAUGUUCCCCAGAGCUGUUGUCCAACAAUCACGCAGAGUUCGUCAGUGACUCUUCUUGUAACAGCUCUGAUGGUGUCUUGGUUAAUUUCAGUGCCAUUUAUAGCAGGAGCAAUAAUCCUGCCACCCCUCAUGACCUCAGCAGUCCUGCAGUUCACCCCACACAGUCGUCUGAGGGGUCCGUCUUCCUCAGUCUCCAACCUGUUCCUCAGAGUCCGACUGAACAUUUCCAUCAGGGUGACGUAAAUAUUUACUCGCCUUUGAAAGAGGAGGCUGGCAAAACACUUUCUGCAUCCCGCUGGUCUCCUCAGGGCCUCGACUCUAACUGCAACUUAUGCUCCCUAAAGCCGCUGCCCCCUCGUCUCUCCUCUCUCGAAGUAUCAGACCUGGCGUCCUGUCUUCAAAGCCAGACCCCACUGGCCACGGGGACCAACCAAAAGUACUACAAGCUUGUGACUUGCGAUCUCUCCUCUCGGUCACCAAGCCCGGCCUGGUCCAGCAUCACCAGCUGCCCCCAGAGGCUGGGCAGUAGAAGCUCCAUCCUUUCCCCUCUUCAUCAUGAGGAGGAGGGACAACGCAAUGAUGUCAAAAAAGAGAUGGAGGAUCAGUUAAAGGAUAAAAAACUCUCCUCUGCAUGGUUCAGCGCCGGGUUCGACUCUUCCCACUUUCAGACCUGUGAUUACCAGGUUGCCACCACCUCCACUGAUAAAGCCUUCUGCAGGAAACAACACUCAGAAGGCAUCCAGAGCCUCUCCCACACGCCCUGUUCACUCUGUCCCAGUGGGUGUAGCCCACAUGACAGUAAAAACCAAGACGCAGAAGCUGCAUCCACUCAACCAUUUGUGCUUCAGUACCAAGAGCACAGUAAACCUGAUGCUACCGAGAUGGGGUUAUAUCCAUUGGAAAAAGAUGUUGUGGGCAACAAUAAACCCCAGAGACCGACGUCACUGCCCAUCCAGCCGUUUGUUGUGCUCCCAACAGGAAAACGGCAGUCUGAUGCCCAACAACUGGGCUGUCUUCUGGAGCAGUAUAUAAAUCAAAAGAGAAGCAACCCCGGUAUCUCCAAGUGCGGUUUCAAGUUCAAAGGGAAAACAAGCCAGUAUUCAUCUAAUCUUCGGUCAGCACAGUCAGAGAGCUAUUGCUCUAUCUUCUUGGAGGCUCCUUCCAGCUCUGAUACGUGCUCCACCUGUACUCCCAGCCCAGAGUGCUUCAGUCACAAAAACACGGACAACCAGUCCCGCAAAAUCCUGGAGUACCCAAGCACAUCAAAAAACUGCCUGGAUAAAAAUCACACCGAUCCAAAGCCUGAAAUGGUUCAGUUGCGAGAUCGCACAAGCCCAAACUCCAGUAAAACUCAGACUAAUAGUUUUUUAACUCCAAUCUCAGACACAAAUCAGUCCAAACUUGUUAAGAUUCCUACAUACCAGGAUCUGAUUAGCAUCACCUCCAAGCAGAGCCAAUUCCCAAGUCACACUUCCUACCAAUCCUCCCCUACACCACCCACAUUAUCUCUAACAUCUGACACCCAUCAACCGAACAUGCAAGUGUCCGGGUCACCUGGCGCAUCUUCACAACCGCAGAUAAACCUCCCGCAGUAUCGAGCUGCCCCUGAAGCUGACUCUGGUUCACGUCACAGUAGUUUUACAGCUGCCCUCUCCACAGUGGCUCCUCUCUCCUGUUUGAGCUCGCUCCUGUCCUUGGCAACUUCUACCCUGCAUCCUCAGCAAAUCCAGGACUCUGUUGCUCUCAACUCAAAGCCGAAUCGGAGACAGCACUCUGAAUCUCUGGUGAUGAGUGACAGACCUCCAACAGAGUUCUGCCUCACGCCUGAUACAUCUUAUGAGUCCAUGUCUAUCAGCCAUCUUCAGAGGAAAGGUUUGCUGAGGUCUGUGAGCAGUGCAGUGGAUUUGAUCAUGGCUCAUUUUGGCAGCAGCAGAGACCCUGAUGAAAAGAUGCGCCUGGGUAAUAGCUCUUACAGCCCCACCAUUGCUGGUCUGGUCCUGGAACAUUUGUGUCCUGCGAUCCAGAACAUUUUAGAUGACGGGUUGAGGGAUCACAAACUGGAUUUCAUAGUCGGUCAGCGCCGCAAUCAUUCCUGGAGUGUGGUGGAGAUCUCCACUAGAAUUGGUCCAUCCACCAGGGUCCUUGUAAGUCUGAUCUCCAAAAUCCGGACGUGUCCCCAGCUCACCAGCCACUGCAUGAGACUGAGAGCCUUCAUCAUGGGUUUGCUGAACUUGAGGGCUUUAGAGUUCUGGCUCAGUCAUCUACAGAGUCAAAAAGAUGUGGUGACUACAUAUUACCACUCCUGGGGGUUCCUAUCCAUGUCUCUGGGUCGGUGCCAGCCCUUGUUUCAGGAGCUGCUUCUCCUGCUGCAGCCCCUCUCUGUGCUGCCCUUUGACCUCAACUUGCUCUUGGAGCCACGGUUAUUAAGUCAAAGACAGCUGUGUACAGAGGAGCCGUGCUCAGCCCUGUUAUUGACGAGCUGGCCAAAACUACAAGCUGACAGAAAGUUACACAGCAGCUAUGGCAGUCAGCAAACUAAGACCUUGUGCCAGAGGGGUAAAGAGAUUCUCAGUUCCCAGAAUUCCACUUGCUACAAGCAACAACAUGAGGGUGUGCAGGGCAGCAGGAGUGCAUUGUUAACUCCUAUUCUGGAGUUUUGGCCAAAGGAACUUCAUCUUGAAGAUGAAAGGAUUAAAGCACAGGACUCGAGCCAAAGUCAACCAGAUAAUUGGUUUCAAAUAAGUGUGGAUGGCAGACAAGAAGAGAGAGGAGAAGAUACACAUUGUGGAGCACAGAAUGUAUCAACUUCUGUCCAGACGGAGAGUCCUGGUCAAGGCGGCCUGCGCUGGGCCAAACUGUUUGGAGCAGCUGGUACUUCCACCCGAGCAGAGAAAAGCUGCCAGCGUCACAACGGAGCACAAAGCAGAAGGCUACCAUCGCAGUGGCUGCAGUUGGACAGAUCGCAGCUUGGAUUCUUGGCUCAAUCUAUGAUGUCACUCAAGCUAGGAGGAGCUGCUCAGACAGGCUGCUGAAAACUAAACCCCAGGUGGAGGUGAUGGAAUAGGGUGGGCUAUUUACGGUAAUACGGUAACAGUAACAAAAUGUCUUUACUGCAUGAAAACACAUAACACAUACAUGGCACAACU